ACCUUAAAACUGUCAAAAAAAUGUCAAAAUAUACAAGAAAACUAUACAAUAUUAUAAUAUUAUUAUGCUUAUUAAAAACCCUAAAGUGCCAAUUGGAUAAUUUAGGCAUAACGCCGAGCUUGGACCAAGUGUUGUUAUCCAACAAACAAACCCAGAACCCGGAAUUCGAGCAGAUCCAACCAAAUCCCACCGAUUUCGAACUGAAAGCGAUAUUAACGAAAUGCGAAAAAAAACCGCCGCAAUGCGAUUGCGAAAACACGUUCGAAUGCAACCGCACCGCCGCAACCGAUAAAUUAAAAGACCGAGAAACCCGAUCGAAAUGCGACGAGAAACGAGACGAUCAAGUACUGAAAAAUUGCGAGAAAAAAAUCACGCUCACGUUAAAAAUGAAAAAUCGCGGUCCGACCAACUGUCGGACCCAAUUUAUCGUUUUGGACCACGUGUUCGAUCCGUCCACGGAUAAAAAACAGAAAUUAUUGAACCCGUACGUGUUAAAGAUCACCCAGAAGCCGGUUUUUCAGACUUACGAUUUACUGUAUGAAAAUGUGGUCAAUUCCGGACCCACUGAGAGGGUCAUCAAUAAAAACAACGAAGGGUUUAAAGGGUGUAAUGCCGAUUCGAAUAAUCCGACCUGUGGGGUUGUACAAUUUGAUAAUAAGGAGGUACCAUACAGUUCCGGAUUUUGUUGUUCCUGUUUAUCCCCUCGAAGCAGCAGUAGUAGUAACGACAACAUUGCAGACCCAAUGAUGAUGGACCAAAACCUGGAUUUGGCGAACCUGAACAAGGACAGCGGCAGCACCAAAACGUAUUUACCUGAAUACAAUAAAAUCGAUUAUAACCAUUUAGGGUUAUUGGAUAAAGGAAACGAAAACGACCCUAAUGUAUUGCUGGGUAAUAAUUUCGGAUCUCCUAGUAAGAUUAUUGCCCGUGCGGUCCAAGGAGGUGCAAUUAGGACCAAUCCGUCAAAAAAACGCUCAAUAAUAUCAAAACGUGGCGGUCAAGACUGUGCAGAUUCUUAUGUACCAUCCGAUGCUGAUCCCUCGACGUACCACGACAGUGCCCACUGUAUGGACUUUUCUGACGUGUGGUACUCGAUAUAUAAGAUCAGCCAUCCGGACAUUGACCAUUGCCUCCAUAUCCAGAUUUAUGAGAAGAUCGGGAUGAGAAGGAACGGGAUCCAGUGGAGGGAAGUUACACGUGGCGUGCCCAUUUUUGUUGGUACCGCUUAUCCUCGGUACACGAACAAACAAGGCACCAUUUUGGCAUACUACACGAUAAACAAGCAAAUCGAGAGUGAGUUCGCCCUCGACUGUAAAGCUCAUAAAUUAUUAAUACCCGAAGUAAGCGGGAGAGACGUUAAAGAGGAUCAAUACCCGGAAGUUAGCGGUGGACCGCCCGAGUAUCUCGUUGUGAAAGAAAACGAGAUCGAUCUUAGCGGAAUGACCUGCAAUAAGCCAGGUGUCGGUUAUGAAGCGUUCGCCCAACAGCCGGAUCGUUGUACGAAAGAGAGAAACACGUGUCUACAGAACCAACCGAGAGACAUGUGGAAACACGAUCAUGAGCUGGAAACCGCCGGUAAAAAGGGCUGUUACUUUUUAAAAAACUACGGGCAAUUGCCCAAGGAUCCCAUACAGGUCAAGGCGUGUAAUGGUUCUACCAAAAAAACCCAAAAUAAGAUGCUUUUUAUGUAUUAUAUGCCUUGCUUAACUAGCGCCGUUGAUAUCGAUUUUGCGGCCGAUAUGAACGCCAUUUUGAAGCCGGAUACUUUGGCUAUGAUUACAGAAGUUUACACCGAAACCCUUAACCCAAAACGGGUAAUAAUCACCGCAAAAAUCCUAAACUCCGGCCUGGUGACCAGCGUAUUUUACGUAGCUAUAGGCACAUGUCCCAUGGAUGUACCUGCAAGUUUCGGUAGCAUCACCUCCAAACCGGUCCAAAUUGCGCCACAGCAACAGCACAUCUUCACCUUGGAGAUCUACUGUGAACUUCCUCAGAGGAACUUCUACUGCUCCCUGGAAGUGUUCAAUUUGAAACAGCAACUGAUCGCCGUACGUAGAACGAGGUUCGAGAGGCGGGAUCGGUGCAUUUGCGUCUGGCACUGUCGAUGUUCCUGCUUUAGAACGGAUCAGGCGUUAAAAUGCGAUCCAUUGGAGAUCGAACAGUAUCACGCGGCAGGAUUUCAAGGUGGCAUGCCCAUUCCAACCCAAGUAGUGAACUAUUCCGCAUUUGACGAUACCAUUUCGGUGAUUCUACAUAUAGUUUUAUAUUUUUGCCUUACCCUGUUCUAUAUGGGGAUGCUAAAAGCCAUGAUUGGCUGCUGUCUCUUGCCGAUCGGCUUAUGGGGCUUGGACAAAAUCCUGGACCUCCCAAAGAAACUUAAUAAGUAUUACGAGCGGGAUUUAAAGGAACAAGAAGUGGUUUAUGAUGCAGAUGGUUGGCCCGUCCAUCCAGAAACUGGGAAGAAGGUGAACGUCAUCGCACCGCCCACGCAGUUUACGGUCAAUGUGGUCUUUUUCUUCUUGUUUCCUUUGGCCAUUUUAUGGAAUUUAUGCAAGAAGUUGUUAGCGCCCAAGUACUCUUCCAGCGACAUGUUUGCCAACCUGGAGGAAUGCAAAUGUAGAGUUAGCGAUAUUUCCUUGCUCAAAGAGCCUGAAGAGCAAAAGGAGCCAGAAGUGACAAAGUCCAACAAGUCCUUAAAAAAAUAAUUUCAGUAUUAAAAGUGGAUUAUAAAGCA